AUGGCUUCUAUGAAUCCUUUCUGGUCAUUUGCCACUCCUUUCACAGACAACAGGCCACCUGUGCUGUCCGGACGUUUGAGUGACAUCCUAGGUCAUGGCGAUCACAGACCAAUGCCUUCCAACGAUGGCGUUCAAGGCUAUGCUCAAAAACCCCCCGACUCGGCUUGGUCCCAGGCGUCAUUCCAAAAAGUGGGCUUCUCUUUCGACACCUCUCAGAGCAAGAAUGUGGCAAGCUUGGACGAAGUUGCGUCCUUCCGGUCUGGCGACUGGCCCUUGACUGAAAAAUACUAUGCCCUCUCUUCUACAAUUCAUGACCCGAGAUGCCCAAAAUGGAUGCUCUGGAAAACCAUCCUCCUCCCCACCUUGACUAUCGUCCUGCCCAUGGCCUUCCUUGUCGCCGGACUGCUGGCGCUGAUCUUCGGCUACAGGGUCAAAUCCGAGGAAAGCUUGUUCGAGGAAGUGUCGAAUUCGCAGGCGUUGAGUGAUCAUGCUGUUGUGUUGGUCAAUUACUCAGCAACUCGGAUCGCGUUUGUCGCAUCAUGGGCAUCGACUCUUGCCCCUCUCCUUGCUGGCUUCAUCAUGAACCUGUCCAGUUUCCAGUCUGCGCUACUCAUGUAUCUGUCUUCGUCAUGUUCCGAACAACAAGAUCUUCCUACUCCGUAUCAGUACAGCUUGCUUGUCGGCCUUUGCCUGGCCUCAAUGGGAAGACUGAGAAGAUACUUCUCUUACGCGAAAGAAGAUGGAGUGGUCAUACCUCCGGCCUUGAAGCGCGCUGCACGGACUUUGACUAUGACACUAGUCCUAGCAUGUGUCGUCUUCGGCGCUGAUACGGCCCUUCACUACACGACUUCAACCAUCAACUUCGACCAAGUGUCUGUCUCGGCCCUGGCUCACGCCUAUGGCUAUGAGUUAUCGUCAGCAUGUCUUGCUCUCCACCGUAGCGACAACUUUGGACUGCCAUGCUCCCGUAAUGCAGAACUCGGCGUGGCGGAUUACAACGCCUAUGUCUCAAGCCAGAACGAAAUCUUCUAUCUUCAGCACGGCACAUCUAAUAUCAGUGAAGUUCGCCUGGUCGAUACCCCCUCAUACGAGCCGUCGAAUGUCACGUCUUCCGGUGCUGCGAAGGUAGCACUCCUCAUCCCCCAAAGCCACGGCCUGUCUCCUUACCGUGACUUCCAAGCCUACACCACCGGUGUAAUUACGACCUGCGAGCCUAUUACCACACUCUGUAACUGGACAAGUGGUGGCCCGGGGAAUACAUACAGCCAAUUCAACUGCACCGAGAACUUUUGGGGAGUGCUAGGCAAAGCCCCCAACGUGAGCGACACUGGCAUGCUCAUUGACGAUAGUUCUGUGCCACCUCUAGGAUUCAAACGCGGCGCUGCCCUGCAAUACUCCUUCUUUAUGGACAAAGAACUGAGCACCCUCUAUGAUCCAGCCGGCAAUCUGGGACCGUUUAUGCCGGACUCGGAGCUUAUCAACCCAGUCUACUUGGGAAUCGCAGCACGUUUUCAGUCUACAGCCCAACGUGCCGGCGUAAACCUGUCCUCGGAUCCAGGAAUCUACCAGGGCCCUACGCCUUACCUCGACUUCACGCUCCGAUGCCAGUACACUACAUAUCUGGUCGACUACAACUGGGUCAACUCAUCUGCCAGAAUUAACACGCUCACUCCUUCCCCCAACGGCACGAUCGCAGAGAUCUUCCACGGAUACAACAUCUACGGCAGCUAUGACAGCUUUGACAACGAUCUGCAGGACUUUAUCCUCGAGGCAGCGCUUCAAUCCAACCCGCAGCAACUUGCCGACUCUUUCGCCAACAGCUACUCGUCGCGUGUGAUGACCGUGAUCGGCCCGUUUCUCUCCUCGCGAACCAACCUACAAGAACAGACACGUACCCCUCUACUCGUGGCGAAAGUCCCGAAAGUGCCACUGGCAAUCCUUAUCGCAGGGUGUCUAUGCUACAUUGUCUUCGGCGUAGCCAGUGCGGCAUUAGCGUAUACGGCGUUGCGCACCGUAGAUGUGAGAGAUCUGGCUUUCCGCUUCAGCCUGCCAGCGCUGGGGCUGCACGCUUUCCGAGACGACAACAUCGAAAGGGAAGCCGUGGACGUGAACAAGAUUGGGAAGAGGGCUGGGGUCGGCGAGGAACGCCGGGUAUUCAACGAGACCAAAAUCAAGCGUGAAGCCACGCGUGUUGCUGUCGACGGCGAGCCCAGGACCGGUUUCGUCCUGAAGAGUCUGGUCUGA